ACCGAGGCUGGGAGAGCAACUUGUCUUUUGCAAUCCUUGCUGGUCUGACAAGCUCCCGUAGAGUUACAUCACUUCCUAAAAAACAGGCAAGCACCUCUUCUUCGAGUCAGCACCGACCUGAACAGGCAGGAAACAGGAAACUCGCGUUUCAGGGAGGCCGAGGCCCCGCGCAGCAUCCUGAGCGCACCCUGCCUGACAUGAGAUCUCGCCGCGCCGCCCUGCUCCUCGCCCUGCUGGCCACGCUCACUCCUGCCGGCCGCGGUGAUUAUGAGGAAGCAGAGCAGUCGGGAGACAUGGUCGGGGAAGACGCAGCAGUGGAAGAUGCUCCCCUGACUACCUUUGAUGCAGUGACCCUGCAGCUGCCCACCGUGGAUGCCAACUUCACCCACAUGGCUGAGGAUACAAUGCAGUUGCAGCUAAUAUUAAUGGCCGCGGUCCCGUUGGCUUUAUUGAUCCUCCUAGUGUUGAUAGUAGUACCCUUUGCAAUAUACUAUAAAAGAAAAAGAGCUAAGCAAGAGCCUUCUAGCCAAGGAUCUCAGAACGCGUUACAGACGUGUGAACUGGGAGGUGACAACAUGAAAGUCCCUAUUUUUGAAGAAGACACGCCCUCUGUUAUGGAAAUUGAGAUGGAAGAGCUUGACAAAUGGAUGAGCAGCAUGAAUAGAAACGCUGAUCAUGAGUGCUUACCUACCUUAAAGGAAGAAAAGGAAUUGAGCCACAGCCCGAGUGACCAUGAACCCUAACGCGGAGCAGGGCUCUGUUUUCCAAGAGGAGCAGCCUUGCUGAGUGAACCUACCCAGCCUGCCCGAGGACGACCAAGACGACAGGGCUUAAUGAAUUUCCAACCCACGGAGACACGAGAACCUUUUGCUGUUUUCCCAAUGCCUGCUCUUCCUAAUGGUGGCUACACCUGCACUCGGAAAAACAGGCCUUUGAGCCCCAGUAAAAGACCUGGCUGCCGUGCCUCUCUGCCUCUGAGGAUGGAGCAACGGGCGACGCGCUCCGCUCUGACCCUAGGACGUUCCCUGCUCUGGGCUAACUCCUGGCUGGUGGUACUUGCUCUCCCGUCCUCACCACCUUUUGGCUUCAUUCCUUAGGGUUUAACCAGGAGGCUGUUUUCACCUAUGGUUUUCUUCUGGCUCACUCUGGUAAAGUGCUUGUGGUAAUCAAGUUCACCAGCAGGCCAACUACCCAGAGCAGAAGCUUUUUUCUGGAGAGUUCUAUCGUGAGAAUGAUCGUGAGCCUCAUCCUGGGGGUUGGUGGGCUGGUUUGCAUCCACCAAGAAGACGUGGGGAGAGACCCUCGCCUUCCCCUCCCCUACCCCGCAGCGAUGAGGAAGCAUGCUUUGGGGGCUUAACCAACCUUGACCUGGCUGCCUCCUGUCUCCCCUGGGACUUCUCAGAGGAACUGAGAAUUUUCAAUGAAAGAACAAACAUUUUUCUUUUCUGCCAAAAUAACCUUCCCUUCCAUGUUUCCCCCACGCUCGUUCUGGCUUGACCGUGCUUCCCUUGCGUGUGGUAUGGGUGCAGGUGUGUGUAUGGGGGAGGGGUGGCCAUCACCCAUCUGUCUCCUGGAGAGUUUGAAGGUGGUUGGAACCAAAGAGAAGAUUAGCAGAAGUGUGGGCCUGCAGCGUGACUCACACCCCCAGCACUCGCUGUCUGCAUUCCAAGAGCUCACGCGUCCUCUGUGAUGUGUGCCCGCACCCCCACGCUAAGAGUAACAGCCCACCCAUUGGCCACUCCCACUCGUGCCAAAUCAGCCUCCACUCAAACCUGAUCCCAAUUCUGACCUCCAAAAGUGAGAGUCCUCUGUUGUCUUGGGAUGCUGGCUAUUUUAUUCCAGGAAAGAAACGGAGAAUGAAAAAAAUUGAGUCAUCUUUCUCCCCUCCCCCCCCCCCCCCACGUCAACCAAGGGGAUAUAAGGUGAACCGAACAUUUGCUGCUGAACUUGUGGACUGGUCUUUGGAAGGAAGGCUGCCUGCAUGCCAAGGAAAAGCUUACCCUUCUCCUGCCCGUUGGGCCCCAUUUUACAAGUAUGUGUUUUCCGAACUCGGCCAAUAAUUUUAAAAGCAGAGGUCCAGAGUGGAGAUAUCUUUCUAUUUAACAAAAGAUGCAGCUGUCACAUUGUGCCUGAUCACUGCUCUCGUGCUAUGCCAGGGCGGCACGGUACUUUGGUAAAGAUGGUUUUCAUGCUGCGAGACAUUAGCAGAUUUGCCCAUCUUCUGAGGAGCAGAUCCUCACACAACUUUUGGCUUUCCUUGCCCUUUUGCAUACCUAUAAUCAACUUACAGCCCACAGUGGCUCUGCAGAUGUUUAUGCCAAAAUUGUCAUUUUCUCAGCAGUCAUAACUUUUUUUUUUUGCCUUUGUUUGAUACUUUCAGCUUGUUUCUCAUCGUUCUUUGCUGUUUAGUUUUGCUCUGCUUCUUUAGCUAGGUACUAACAUUGCCAAGCACUCAAGCCUUGAAAUUUGCUCCAACCCCAUCAAAUGAUGACCUGUAAAAGUUUAGAGAAUACAAGGAACCCUGGAAUCUCACUCUGAUAUGGGAAAAAGAAGGAAGGAAGGAAGGAAGGAAGGAAGGAAGGAAGGAAGGA